GUUCUUUGCUAUGUUUUUGCGAACUUUUGGCUAUUAUAUAAUUGUUGUUAUAGCCUACUCGUUUUUUGGUUUCCCGUUAUGAGUUUAUUUUCUUUUUUUUUUUGCUUUAUAAUCGGUUAAUCGGUUAAACUCUGGAUUGUUGUGCUGAUCAAAUGGUCAAAUGCAGAGAAUGAGAGAAUAUUUUUAAGUAAACAAUUUUUUUUUUUCACCGAAGAGAUUUCCUGAGCAGGAAAAUAAUAAUAAGAAGGAGAAGGAGCCAGAAUCCUAAAUGUAAACAUGUAAUAAUGAAACCGUGGUGGUGCGUCACUCCGCAGAGAGCGCCCCCCUUUCCUCCAAUCUUCACCCAUUCCUCUCGGUUCCAAAAUAGUUCUCAUCUGCCACUCCCUCCUCCAUGAUCCCACUCAGCUGUCUGCGCGUGGACGCGUUCGGUUUCCACUCCCAUCCAUUCACAGAUCCGCAGACCGGGAGACGAAAGUUCUCCGAUUCAGCUCGUCUGUCAGCUCGGGAGCAACUUGUUGCGCAGCAGCUAUUUCUAACCUCCUCCUCCUCCUCCUCCUGCUGCUGCUCCUGCUGCUGCUCCUUCUUUUCCUUCUCCGUGGUCCAUUCUUACUGCGGAGAACAGGCGCUGCUUUGUGCCGCCGUCGGCUGAUUUUAUUUAACUGGAAACUCAACGUGUCUGGGAAUCCUGGGAGGAAAGAUGAGUCCCGGAGUCAUCUUCAUCAUCCUCACCGGGGAGCGGUGAUCAUGAGUCCUGAUGCCUGGGCUUUUACCCGUGGACGUCUCCAUCCUCCAGUGAAGAAGCCCGGACUCUCUCGGUCUCCCUACUAUGAUCCUGGAGUCAUGAGCUGGACACGUCCUGGUCCUGGUCCUGGACUGGACUGGAGCCACGGUCUCUUCUACCUGACCCUGCUGCUGUGGACCAGACGCAUGAGUGGACUGGCCGACUUUUCAAACUACCUGACCAGGAUCAUCACCAGUCACUCGGCUCAUGCCUGCGACGGUCAGCCUCUGCGACUCCACUGCCCUCGCCACUCCACCAUCUCCAUCCAGUCGGCCUUCUACGGCAGCGGGGCCACCUGGCUGUGCAGGGCGGAACCUCCCUCGGACCCUGCACACACGGCCCACAACCACAGCUGUUCGGCGUUUACUGCUCUGCAGAAGCUGCUGUCUGAGUGUCAGAGCCACAGGGACUGUCAGCUGCCUGUCAAUCACCUGCUGUUUGGGAAAGACCCCUGUCCGGGCUCCACCAAGUACCUCCAUGUGGACUACAAGUGUAAACCGACGGAACACAAGAGACACGUGGCCUGUGAGGGCGACACCAUGCUGCUGCGCUGUAAGCCCCCCAGGGUGCUGAACAUCUACGCAGCUGUCUACGGCAGAGCUCUGGGCCACAGUGACACCUGCCCCUCACACCUGACCACACCACCACCCUUUGAGUGUCUGAAUCACGAGGCCGUACAUGUCGUGUCCCAGUCCUGCUACAGCAAACAGCGGUGUGCUGUUGCCGUUAGCAACCAGACCUUCAGAGACCCCUGCUUUCCAGGAACCAGGAAGUACCUCAGCGUGACCUAUUCCUGUGUCCCACAGUCGUUACUAAGGGAAGCAGAUCCAAAUGCAUUCGGAUCCACCUUAAAGCCUACUGUGAACACAGGAAGUGCAACUUCUCCAGUAGAUCUGGAGGAGAUUUUCUCCCACGGUUCCAGGAGACCAGGCAGCUCAGGAGCCAUGAUGAGCAACUCCCUACUGACCUACGCCUACAUUAAAGAACAUUCAGAGAUGGCAGCUCUUCUCUUCACCUCCAGCAUCUGUAUCGGCCUCCUGCUGACUCUGCUUGCCGUCUCUGUGCGGGUGACCUGCAGGGGGCGCCGGAUCAAAGAUGCUGGACUCUCAUCCAGGACUUGUAGCCGGAUUACUGACCGCCAACUGAAUAAUGUGGACAACGAUGAUGCCGACGAUGAUGAAGAAGAUGAUGAUGAUGACUCUGAAAGUUCCUUGAUCUCAGCUGCAGAGCGGAAGGCGGCGAUUUACGGCUGGGAGGAGGUGACGUAUGUGAGCGAGGCGGCCGAGCGGGCAGAGAGGAUCGAGCGCAGGGACAUGGUCAUACAGGAGAUCUGGAUGAACGCUUAUCUGAACGGCAGCUCCACCAUCGUGGGGCUGACGUGUCCGGGGCUUUAGACACUGAAUAUUUUAACUCUCAGCCUUUGACCUCUGACACAAAGACACUCUUUUUUUUUACAAUGUCAUGCUGGGUUUUUCACAGGAAUCUAUAAAAUAUAUAAAAUAUUUUUAUGCUGAAAUAUGAUCAUCAAUGCAUAUAUAGGAAUUACAAAUAAUUUAUUUAUAUUUAUGACUAUGACUAAAGUUAAUAUUUAAGCUAAAAGUUUUAUUUUAAAAAAAGAUAAACAGUUUGUGUCACUGUUUAUAUUGGAAUGUUACUGUAUUUAGGCUUUAACUUAGGAAAACAAAAAUAUAUGUGAAAUAAUUACUUUUGGAAUAUUACCAAACAAAUAUCUUUAUGUCUUGAGGAAAUUUACUUAUUGAAAAAAGGCAGUAAAUAGUGGGUAAAAAUGCCUGCUAGCUCACCAACAUACAGUCCUGGUGAUUUUAAGUAAUAUGUUUUUGUCUUUUUCAAACAUGCAGCCCAGGUUUGUUCUUGUAUUCAGACUCUGGGCCACUCACUUCAAACCCAGGUCUUUUCAACCCGUACUUCAGGUGGGCCGAGAGACAUUCUAAGUCACCCACAGUUUCAAAGCGAUAAACUGGGUUGAAUGUAAAAGGUUCCAGUUCCCACCACCACAAAGUGAUGAUUUAACAGAUGACACCGGACAGAAAUAGAAACACUCAGGUUUUCCCAGCAGUAAUAACUACAUUAGAGGUCAUUACAUCAGCAGCUGUUCAUACCAGAGGCCAGACAGAUGCAGUACAACAACUGAACACUGUGUUUUUAUAAAAGCCAAAAGUGUAAAGUGUAAAGUUGACCAUUAUUAAAUCCACAGAUUUUUCAUCCAGAC